UGCGUUUUAUUUUGGCAUUUUGCAGUUUCCAUCAUUGUCAUCGUGACUGUGGUGCAGAACUUUCAAGAUGCCGGCAGCACUUGCAGAAAACAGUCAGGUGAUCUGUGAAGUGUGGGCAAACAAUCUAGAAGAAGAGAUGAGGAAAAUUCGAGAAAUUGUUCUCAGCUACAGCUAUAUUGCAAUGGAUACAGAGUUUCCCGGAGUUGUCGUUCGACCCAUCGGUGAAUUUCGUAGCUCUAUUGACUAUCAGUAUCAGCUGCUGCGGUGUAAUGUUGAUCUCCUGAAAAUCAUCCAGUUGGGCCUGACUUUCACAAAUGAGAAAGGAGAAUAUCCUGCUGGAAUCAACACCUGGCAGUUUAACUUCAAAUUCAACCUUACAGAAGAUAUGUAUUCUCAAGAUUCUAUAGAUCUUCUUGCAAGCUCUGGGCUGCAAUUCCAGAAGCAUGAGGAGGAGGGGAUUGAUACCUUGCAUUUUGCAGAGCUGCUUAUGACCUCUGGUGUAGUGCUCUGUGACAAUGUGAAGUGGCUUUCAUUUCACAGUGGCUAUGACUUUGGUUACAUGGUGAAACUCCUAACAGAUUCAAGGCUUCCAGAAGAAGAGCAUGAGUUCUUUCAUAUCCUGAACCUUUUCUUCCCAUCCAUAUAUGAUGUUAAGUACUUAAUGAAGAGCUGCAAAAAUCUGAAGGGAGGUCUUCAAGAAGUUGCUGACCAGCUAGAUUUGCAGCGGAUUGGACGGCAGCACCAAGCUGGAUCAGACUCUCUACUCACAGGGAUGGCAUUUUUCAGAAUGAAAGAGUUGUUCUUUGAGGAUACAAUUGAUGAUGCAAAGUACUGUGGGAGACUAUAUGGCCUUGGUACCGGAGUGGCUCAGAAACAGAGCGAAGAUGUUGAAACAGCCCAAGAAAAAAUGAGUAUUUUGGCUAUUAUCAACAAUAUGCAGCAGUGA